AUGGCUCCCAGACCAGAGCUCUAUCCUCUUCAAACACCAAAGCAUAUUAUCUUUCCUUCUGAGCUGCAGGAGUACCUCAGACCCGGCAACCCCGAACCAGCAAGAUGCAAUGACGGCAAAGGCCCUUCAGUGCCUCCUCCUCUCGCCUAUACGGAGUUCCUCAAAGCUCUCAGCCCAGCGUUCGGCAGUCCUCCGGAGUCUGCAAAAACUCUCUACUCCUACAACAAGCAACUACCCUCCCCUCAAUCUCUUCCCUCGACAGCUUCAACAACCUCCUUCCCUGGCGACACCGCAGCGGCAGCUCCAAAGACCCACAAGCGAACACGCUCAGGACCUCCUACUCCACUGAAUGUGUCUCGGUCAGCUGCUGAGUCUGGCCAGAUUCGCCGAUUGCGCAUGUCUCCCUCCUACCUCUACUCCCCGGCUGCACUGGACUCGCCCAAGAGUGCGCACGCUGUCCGCUCUCCGUAUCCGCCGGUGGAGCGGCGAGUGCGCUAUACGGAGUCCCUGAGCGGUGCCGCCUCGAGGUCAAUUACCAUUCAGCAUAUAGUUACGCAUACUGUGACGCUUAAGCGUGUUCCUUCGCUUGCACCCCCGCCAAAGGGGAAGCGGAGACGGAUGAACCAGGGCUCGCAAUGA